UUGCAGAAAUUUAAUGGGUGACGUAGGCGUAUCACUGUCAGAAAUAGUCGAAGUACGUGGAUGUGGUCUAAAUGAUGAUGAAUUGCUUGCAUUAAUUAUCAUUGGCUGUGAAGUGCUUACUAAAACGACUGCAGGAGUAUUCUCUCCCGAACAUGUUAUUUUACACACCGACGGUGAACUUGAGAUAAAAUCCGUUUCGAGGGAUAAAGUAAGCAGGGAAUAUGUACCUCCUGAAAUGCAACAAGGCAAUACUGAUGUUGACCCAGGCGCUGUGCAUGUAUAUUGUCUCGGGGAAGUUAUCCGAUUUGCUGGUGCUGCCGAAUCAGGCAAUGCAGAUUUGUUUUCUUUGUUGAACGUAAUGACUGUGGCUCAUAUUGCUACACGGCCAUCCGUCACUCGCCUUGGACAAAUGGCUAAAAAUAAGCUUACAAUUCAAAAUCCAAAGGCUUUGCUGGCAGAAAUGUAUGUUUUAGUUAUGGGUGAUGAAGCGGAGGAUGUCGAUGAUUUAGACAUUUCUUCUGGUGAAUACAUGCCAAAUUCGCUUGGUGAAAAUGGUGGUUUGAGAAGCUUGAAGUGGAACCAAGCUGGAACAAGCAGGAGCGAUACCUGUGAUCGAUCUAGAAAAGUGACACAAGCAGAUCCAUUUGAUGGUGGAGAAGGCACCGAUGUUUGGGAGUUAUCAGGGGGCGAUCCAUUUAGUUCGGUAACGAUCGCAGAUGAACAAGUGUUGCAAGAAGCAAAAGAUGAAAACAGUCUACUACAGGAAGAGAAACAACAAAAGUUGUCCGCAGGUAAAAUUGGGGUGCUUUUGGAGCAAAAUGAAGAGGAAGGAAAAUCGGUAGUUGGAAACAAUUUGCAUAAUUUGCCGACGCAAUCUGUUUCUUACGAUUUUGAUGAUGAUAUUGUGGAAUAUAGCGAAGAAAAUAUUCCUGCCGAUGAAUUGAACUCCAUAUCAACGGUUAUCACUGCAGAACAUAUUGAGAAGGUGAGCGAAAUUUUGGAUUAUAAUGGUCAUAAGCUUCUUUCUACCAACAUAAUCCAUGAAUAUAAUGAUUCUUUGUCUUCUUUGUCACCCAUUUCGGAGGUUGACGAAGGACAAAAAAUGAUUGCAUCUACAAUUCUGUCUUCAGAUUGCCAAAAGAUUGCUGAUAAACAAGGUUCACUGGAAGAAUCUAACUGUGAUUCACCGUCCAGUAAUAAAAAUGAGGAUGUACCAGAGCUUGUCUUGUCAAAAGAAGAAAAUGGGAAAGAACCGCCAUCACGAGUUUUGGAAGCUAGGGUAAAAGGAAUCGUAGGUACAAGAAAAGCUUCUGGUAUCUCAGUUGCUUCUGAGCAGCAGUUCAUGAGGCGAAAUUCGCUUUUGCCAAAUAGGAUAAGUGGGCGAAAAUCCUCAUCGAAACAUUUCAAACGAAGGUUGAAAGCAGAACCAGAAUUUGUAAAAAAUGCGAACGCGUCAUCUAUAUGUUUGAAGGCACCCGCUCAAAGAAAAAAAAAGGUGACACUACACAGAAUAGAACAUACGGACGUAACCGUUGAGCUGCUUAGUGGAAAGCAUGUUGAAGUGAGCUGUCGUUCGGAUGCUGUUGCAUCAGAAAUUGCUGAUGUUGUCAUGAGGCACAUGAAUUUCAGUGAGAACUCGUUCUUUGGUUUAACUGUACUGAGGGAUGGCGAACAUUUCUUUUUGGAUGGUCAUCAACGUCUGGAAAAAUUUGCACCACCCGGUUGGAAAAAUGCAAGGCAAUAUGGAUCAUCCAAAAGGCUUUACAUGUUAUUUCUACGCUUUCGAUAUUAUCCAGCAUCAGUCGCCUUUAUACGAACUGAAGUUGUGCUUCAUGAGUUAUACUUACAACUGCGGCGGGACAUUUUGGAUGAUCGCAUUCAACCAAAACGUGGUUUAUUAUAUGAUUUAGCUGCAUUUGCUUUGCAAAGCGAAUACUCUGAUCAACCGAAUGUAACAAUUUUGGACUACUUUGAUGUGCAACAUUAUAUACCGAAGAGGUGUUUGGAUAACUGCAGCGAAAAAACAGUAAUCAGGGAUGUAAUGGAGAGGCACGGAAGAUACCGCGGAAUGAAGCAUCAGGACGCUGAGAAGCGUUUUAUUUUGCUCUGUCAACGGUUACCUGAUUAUGGUGCUCAUUUACAUCGCGUUUUCGCAUCUAAACCAUCGAUAAAUCUCGGUAAUACUCCCCUUGGUGACCCUGAAACUGGCGUGGCACAGUGGAUUGCAAUUAUGACACGUGGUAUUGUACUUUUCGAAGAAGAAAGUGGUGGUCGGCAUGCCCAAAUAGAACACCUUUGGCAAAAUACGCAAACUUUACAGUUUGAUAAGAAGCGCUUCGUGAUUGCUUCCGAAAUCCAUGAGCCAUCCACCAAUGUCUUCUAUACCGACCAUUAUACUAAAAGUGCCUAUUUUGUUCGUUUUGCGGCUUCGCAGCAUCGUUUUAUGAUAAAAAUGCGACAGUGGAAUCAUACUUUAAGACGUGAUAGCCCUUUCCAGUUCCGUAGAAUGCCGGAUGUUGGCGCGGAUACAAAUUUUAUGGAAGAGGUACCGUCGGUGCAUUAUAUGAAUACUCCUGAUAUACCAAACAUGCCGGAACCCGUUUUUACUGGAAGCAGUAAUCAAUAUACCUCAGGCGAUAGCCCAUCACAGAAUUAUACGAAGGCUGUGCAUGAUUCCAGUUUCGAACCGAAAGCCAGUUUAAUAAAUGAUCGAGUUUUGGAAGAGAUUUCUCUUGAAGAAUUCGUUGAGAAUGGUGAUGGAUAUACCUUAGAAAUUUUGUUGGAAAAGGAUCCAAAUAGUGGCCUCGGUUUAACGUUGGUUGAUGGUAAUCUAAAUGGUAUAAAAGGUGUAUAUGUGAAAUCUGUAUCCGAAGGAGGCGUCGGAAAAAAAGGAGGAGUGAAUGUUGGUGAUCGACUACUAAGUGUCAAUGAUGUGUCACUUAUUGGUAAGGACAGGCAUGUAACUGUCGAUCUAGUGAAAAAGUGUGGCAAUUAUGUCCAUUUGAAGGUUUUUAGGUUAGAAGCGAUAACAUCCGCACUUGCUUCUGGCAUUAUUAAAGACAAAACAGUGACUGAUGAUCAGAAAGGGUAUAAAAAUCAUUCAUUCUCUGUUAGUAAAGGACUGAGAUCAAGAACGCCACCACCACCAAGAAAAUAUUCAAAUAUCCUGAAAAAACGCACAAGAGCUGUUAGUGAUUUUGGCGCUGUUGGUGAUACUUUACCCGAUUUAAAUAGCGAGGAUUUAUUAUCUAAUCUUAGAAGUGAAUCGAAAUUGGGAUAUUUACGGCCGGAAACUUCGUUGAAUGACGAGAUCGAGUGUGGAAUGAGAUACGACGUGCCGGUAGUAUCUAUGUACAAGUUCGAAGAUGUUGAUGAUGAAUUAAUCGACCAAUCUCCAAAACGAUCUAGUACAGCAACAUAUUUUCCAUUUAAGACAAAUGAAAAUGAUUGGUUGAAAAUGGGAAAGAGUGAUGUUGACCAACAAAAGAGCCCGUUCAACGACUGGAAAUCGGUGCAGAAUUAUAGAAAGAAACCAAAUCUUGAUUGGACUGACGACCUGGAUGACAUCGCGGAACCGUUGCCUUCCGAUGUUUCGAUGGUUAUCCUCGAGCGUAAUGGAUCUGGUAGUCUCGGUUUUCAAAUUGCAUCUAGCGGAGGUAUUGUGUAUGUAAAACAAAUCACUGCAGAACCAGCACUUUCAUGUCCUGAUAUUCAAGUGGGAGACAAAAUUAUAUCGGUCAAUCACGCGAAGGUGCAAAACCUAACGCAUCAACAAUUGGUGGACUUAUUAAGAAAGGGUGGUGACAGAGUGGUAAUAGGCUUACAAAACUCGGGCAAAGAAAUAUGUACUCGUGAUGAAGGCGAACAGAUUGUACGAGUUAUUUUGGAGAAGUCUCAUACGGGUUCGCUUGGUCUUAGUUUAGCAAAGAAAACUGGUUUUGAUGGAAUUUACAUCCGAAUGAUCAGCAGUGGUAGUGCUGCGGAUAUAGAUGGGACAUUGCAUGUCGGUGAUAAAAUUUGGAAAGUCAAUGGACAAUCAGUAAGUAGUUGUACACCAGGCGCCAUUGUUGAUUUACUGAAAGCUGCAAGUAAUCCCGUGGAAAUUGUUGUGAAACGAACCGUUGUUAAGUAA